AUGGAGGCCGCGGAGCUGCGCUGCACGGUGGCCGUGGAGGAGCCGCUGCCGGGGGGAGAGGCCCCGCGGCGCCGCGUGAUGCGGGGAGCGCUGGUGCUGCUGGGCCGCAACGAGCUGCGGCAGCCGGUGCUGCGGGUGGUCGGCGGCGGCAGUGGGGGGGUGGUGCGGAGCUUCCCGCUGGCCGGUGACACCGUACGGCUCUUCACGCGGUUCGCCGGCGACGGGCGGGCGGCGGUGCAGGUGGGGCCGGGUGGCGCCCAGGUCCUGCUCUCCGACUGCCCCCCGGACGCGCUGCGCCGCUUCCUCCGCCUCCUGCGGCUCAAGGUGGUCGCCGGGCCGCGGGGCGCACCGCGCGUCCCCCGCCUGCUGCACCGGCCGCCGCCGGCCUUCACCCUCAUCAGCCCGCUGCAGGAGCGAGACGUGCUGCGCGGCACCGCCCGCCUCCGCGGCGGCGAGGAGCAGGGGCAGCGCCCGGCGGAGGUGCCCCGCGCGGAGAGGCGGCCCCCGGCGAGGCUCUCGGCGGAGCAGGAGGCGGUGCUGGGCGCUGUGAGGAGCGGGAAGAGCAUCUUCUUCACCGGCUGCGCAGGGACCGGGAAGUCGUUCCUGCUGAAGAAGAUCGUGGGGUCCCUCCCUCCGAAGAGCACCUACGCUACAGCCAGCACGGGGGUGGCUGCGUGCCACAUCGGUGGCACCACGCUCCACGCCUUUGCAGGGAUCGGCUCUGGGAAGGCGCCGCUGGAGCAGUGCAUUCAGCUGGCGGAGAGGCCUGGGGUGCGCCAGCACUGGCUGGCCUGCCAGCACUUAAUUAUCGAUGAGAUCUCAAUGGUGGACGGCAAGUUCUUUGACAGGCUGGAGGCAGUGGCGAGGGCAGUCAGAAAACGGGAUGAGCCUUUUGGAGGAAUUCAACUAAUCAUCUGUGGGGACUUCUUGCAGCUUCCCCCAGUCUGUAAGGCUAAUGAAGAAACCAAGUUCUGCUUCCAGGCAAAAAGCUGGAGGAAGUGCAUUCACAUAAACAUGGAGCUGACUGAAGUGCGGAGACAGACUGACAAGACCUUUGUAUCACUCCUGAGUGCAGUCCGUUUGGGCAGGUGCACAGAAGAGGUUACCAGGCUGCUGAUGCAGACCGCUACUAACAGGUCUGAGCGUGAUGGGAUCCUGGCUACACGGCUCUGCACCCACAAAGAUGAUGUAGAAAUAACUAAUGAGCGCCGCUUGCAACAGCUGUCAGGAGAAAUGCACACUUUUGAGGCUCUGGACAGUGACCCAAUGCUGGUGAAGUUAAUUGAUGCUCAGUGUCCUGUGGGUGGUAGAGUUGAGCUAAAGCUUGGAGCUCAGGUGAUGCUAGCUAAGAAUUUGGAUGUGUCUCAAGGGCUGGUGAAUGGGGCACGAGGAGUUGUUGUAGGAUUUGAAAGUGAGGAGAAAGGACUACCUAAGGUUAGAUUUCUCUGUGGGGUCACACAGGUCAUUAAAAUGGAGAAAUGGGUCUUCAAAGGACCAUCAGGAGUUCAUCUGAGUCGUCAACAGCUGCCUUUAAAAUUGGCAUGGGCAAUUUCCAUUCACAAGAGUCAGGGCAUGUCCUUAGACUGUGUGGAAAUCUCCUUGUCUCGUGUCUUUGAAAGUGGGCAGGCUUACGUAGCCCUCUCCCGAGCUCGUAGCCUUGCAGGUCUCCGUGUUCUGGAUUUUGACCCAAAAGUGGUGAGAGCUGAUCCUUCUGUGUUGCAGUUCUACAGACAGCUGAGACGUCAUCAACUUCUAGCCCAGGAUUCCCUACACACGUAUUCAGAUGCUGAUGAGAAGGAGAACUGGAAAUGCAGCUGAGAGUGCUCUUUUGGCCUCUGAGAGGCAUCAGCACAAACUGAGUUGCAGCAAUCUUGCUACUGAGUAUAUUUGAUAACACUAAUCAAGUCAAAGGAAUUUAUUUUUUUAAUGUUUCCUUUGUUCAACUGACUCUGUAUGCAUAGAAGCCUCCCUCUUUCAUGCCUCAGAAAUUUGGAAGGCUUCUGUAACCCUUCUUUGGACCUACAGUCUUGAGUACUUCUGUGUCACAGACGCAACUCUAUUAAAAAAAAAAAAAAGACUGGACAAGGACAUGCCUGAAGGACUUUCCUACAGUUCUAUCCUGUCCAUCUGGUUUAAUUUUAUUCUCCACAUAUGUAGACUGAAACGUGAGUGCUGUUCUUCAAGUAUACCAUGGUUGAGAAAUGGAAGGUGUGUGUCCUCUUUGCCUGGAUGGAUUGGACCUGUUCACAGGAGCUGCUGACACAGGGGAAAGCAGCGCUACUUAUCUGGAAUAUAUGCUUCAUUCUGCAAGCAAGGAGCUGCCAGGAGCCAGGCUAUCACUUUAUAGCAUGCUGGGUUGUUCUUGCCUUCCAGAUGUUUAACACCAGGAGGCUUUGCAUAACUUCAUCCACAAGCAGAACUAGGAGUUAUACUUUGGCUUUUAUGCUGAUACAUAGCCUUUUUAUUAGUCUGUUGCAUACAAUAAGAUGUGAUUUUACUGUGGGUUUUUUUUUUUUAACCUUCUGAAAUGAGCGGGCAUUGUUAAAAAUAGGAACAAGUCCUACUUCUUAUAUAUAUGGACCUACAAGAAUUGUGAAGAUCCAUUACCCCGUCAGCAAGAAGGGAGGGAGAGGAGAUGGGUGCUGAUGGAAGCCCCUCUUGUUUAAACACAUGAGGCUCAGUUAAAUGGGAGGGGUCUAUGCUGGAAAGAACACAUAUGACUAAUGAGGUGGAAGCUGAAUAUUCUAUAGGGAUUAAUGGCCAAGGACAUGUGAAUCACCUGUUUCAGCAAAAGCAGAAGUGAGCAGAACUAAUACUGUCUCUUUGAAGCCUUAAUAAAGGAAAAACUUUGGUCUUUGUAUUUUAGCACAUUGCUUAAAGCUUAAGUGACUUGUGUGUUUUUAAAUGUUUAACAUGUGGGAAUAAUGUGAAAUAUCAACAUCCAACUGGAAUUCGUCACUUGCAGGGUAGUAUUUCUGUAACAAAGCCUCUGCAAUUUGAAUGAGUUGAAGGCCACUUCUUGGAAGCUGUUCGCCUUAAAGCCAGGGAAGGAUGCUGACUAGCCAGUGGUUAACAUAACAGAAAGCAGACUUCUGGUAGGAAUUCAAAAUGUAUUUUUAUGUGGGGUUUGGUUUUUUUUUUUUCUGAGCUUGGAGGGUAGAGUUUCAGAGGAAGCAAUAGGAGAGGACAGACAUGUGGGAUUUAGAGUUGCUUACUCUAAGAAGGGGUUCUUAAUGUAUCAGCAUAUUACUUUUUCAAAGAAGUCUGGUGGGGAAUAGAUGGAAUUACCUGAAGCCGGGGCUGGAGUCUGUGGCAGGUGAGACAUUUCCCCUUGUACUGCAGGAUGUUCCUGAUACUACCUCUGGUUUUUCAAACUCUAAUUCUGUUUGUGUGUGUAAAUAUAUAUUUUAAGCAACUCCCCUUAAUUCUGUGAGCUUGUCUUAAGUUGUUUGUCCCCUCAUGCCCUGAAAUGCUCAGGGACUUUAAAAUGAGUCUUCCUGUUGGUGUAGCCAGUUCAGAAGAAUACGCCAGGCACUUCCAGUUAUGAACAAUACAUUGAUUUAUUGACAGAUUGGGUAAGGGUUAUGAGAUAAUGCAGAUUCAAAUCCUUUAACAUCUCUUUAAAAGUUUCUGUACCACCGAAUGAUGAGAUGAUUUAGAGUGUAAGACGGUUGACUAUCUACAAUACAAAUAAACUUCUAAUUGUCAUCUU